AGCAUUUAACAGUAUUCCAUGAACAAUGACACUUGGGGUGUCUCAGGUCUGAACGACAGGGAGUUUGUGGGAAUCACUCCACUCUAGUUCAUUUGGUGUAGAAUUUGGACUUUUUUUGGUUUGUUCCACUAAGAAACAUCAAUGAGGGGGAAUAGGAAAAGAGCUCUGGACAUUUGAGCAUAGCAUGUGUCUAAAUCCAAAGUCAACUGGGAACACUACUUGGCUUUCAAGAAACGGUUGGCAUUGCUCCUUAACUCGGACUUCGAUCGCUAUUGCGGAAUGUAUGUUGAUGGUUGUUCCUGGCGGCUGAAGCGAGAACCUUGUGGUCGGAGAGUGGUCUGUCUUGCCCUACUGAAAAAAAAAAACAUUUACUAACCUCCAAGACGACUUUUGGUGAAGAGGAUCUGUGCAAGCAGAGAUGGAUGUGUUUGGCGGUGCUCCACGUUUUCUAGCUUAUCCAAGACCUGUCAUCGUGCAAAGUGGAACUGAUGCAGUCCUGAAGUGUCAAAUUGGUGGUGAUCCAAGGCCUGCUGUCAUCUGGGAGCGAAACAAUGAAAAGAUUGACCCACAAGGACGAUACAGGGUCUUUGAGGACGGCAAUGUAUACAACCUUAUAAUUUCCGCCGUAACUAUCGAAGAUAGUGGCCAGUACAUUUGUAAAGCAAAGAACUGUAUUGGGGAGACAUACGCUGCAGCCACAUUAAAAGUCGAAGGUGAGGCACAGGAGAUGGAGCUACGAGAGGAGAACAAGCCACGGUUCCUUAUCAAGCCACUAUCCACUCGUGUCGGCCGUGGGGAAGAUGCCGUAUUCUCUUGUAAGCUUUGGGGAAACCCAAAACCAGAGAUUGUCUGGGAAAAGGAUGGAAGAAAACUCAAUGAUAUAUUUGAGACCACGCAUUUCAAUGUGGGUUGCCAGGAUGGUGGAUGGUUCCAGCUCAAAAUUUUUAAGACCCGUGCUCCAGAUGGUGGUGUAUAUACCUGCAAAGCAAGGAAUGAAUUUGGGGAAGCACUAGCAGGAGCUGUGUUGCUUGUUGAUGCAGGUCCUGGACAUGAAGAGGAAGGGAACCGUAAUGGUUAUACAAAUGGCCACUGGAAAGUCCACCAAGGGAAAACAAGGAGUGGUAAACAAGUCCUAAACAGACUAAAAGACGAAACAAUAACCAAGUCAACAAAGGUGAAGAUGUUUGCUGUGACUGAAGGCAAACAUGCCAAAUUCCGUUGCUUUGUGACUGGCAAACCCAAACCAGAAAUAAUCUGGAGAAAAGAUGGCAGGCUCAUACUGUCUGGAAGGCGUUACUUGUUAUAUGAGGACAGAGAAGGAUACUUUACCCUUAAAGUACUGUACUGUAAGCAAAAGGAUAACGGAGUCUAUGUGUGUGCUGCAUCAAACACUGCUGGGCAAACCCUUAGUGCUGUACACCUCUCUGUCAAGGAGCCGCCGGUAAGAUUUAAGCAGCCUCUCAUUGACCUUGAAGUAUGGGAACGAGAUUUAGCUGUUCUUGAGUGCGAAGUUCCAGAAGACUCUGUUCCGAUCACAUGGUAUUUGGAGGAUAGACGACUGCAGCCAGGGGCCAAAUAUGGAAUGGAAGAAUGGGGAACAAAACGGCGGCUAACGAUCCGUGACAUAGGGAUCGAUGAUGAUGGGAUCUAUCUAUGUGAGAUGCCUGAUGGUGGUCGAAGCAUAGCAGAAGUAGCUGUUAAAGGUACAAUUAUGAGGAAACUUCCAAGAAAAGUUGAUGUCUUGGAAGGUGAGAAUGCUGCCUUUUGUGUGGAGGUCGAAAAAGAAGAAAUGGACAUACACUGGUACAAAGAUGGCAUAGAGCUUCGUGAAACCCACCAAACAAUUCUCAAGUCUUUUGGUCGCACUCACAUCCUGGUCUUUGUUAACACAAUGCCUGAAGACUCUGGUCUCGUGACUUUCCUUGUUGGCAGAUCCAAGACUUCAUCUCAGUUAAGAGUGAAAGCCGCCAGGCACAGUCCACCAAGUUGUCCAGUGGGAGUGCAGAUGAACACAGAGCGUGCAAACGCAGCUCUCCUCUCAUGGGUUCCUGCCCCAGAUUCCAGAAAGAACCCUCCCUCUGGAUACGUGCUUGAACGGCAGGAAGUUGGCACUGGUUCACAGGAGUGGGUACAGUGUCUGACCACCGACUCUGCCACCUCUGUGGAGAUCCUUGGUGACAGUGUCCCAUGUGAAGCUGACUAUCGCUUUCGAAUUUGCAGUGUGAACAAAUAUGGGAAAAGCAACAAUGUUGAGUUUCCAAAAACUGUUCACUUAGUUCCUGUGGCGAGAAUACAAGCUCCAUUGCAGGAUGCCUUGGUACCAGAAGGCCAAGAUGCUGCCUUCUCAAUUGAACUUUCUGCAUCGGUUAUUGGAACAUGGUUUUUAAAUGGGACACAGCUCCAGGAGGAUGAGCGUUAUUCCAUGCGUCGGUCAAGAACACACCAGUCUCUUCGCAUACGAGGAGUACGGGACACAGACAAUGGGGCCGAGAUAACUUUUAUUGCCUAUGGUAUUCGUGAUUCAGCAGCACUUUACAUUCAAGCUCCAUUGGUGAAGUUUUCUCCACUAUCUGAAAUGGAUCGGAACAAAUUUGUGGAAGUUGGGAACCCCAUAGUUCUAUACUGUGAGCUUUCUGACCCUACAGCUCCAGUCCAUUGGUACAAAAAUGGGGUGGAAUUACAAACAAUAGAGGGCCUUCACAUCCAAUCAGAAGGCACUAUGAGACGAAUAGUCAUUCAAUCAGCAGAGUUCUCACAUUCAGGAGUGUACUGCUGUGAUGCCAUUGACGAUGUCAUCAGGUUCAAUGUGGAAGUAGAAGCCCCACCUGUGAGGUUUGCAGGAAUUCCGGAUGCUGAGAGAAACAAAACCAUUCAAACUGGCUUUCCCAUUGUUCUGCAAUGUGAGGUCUCAGAUUCUUCUGCCCAGGUGCACUGGUACAAAGAUGGGUCAAAGCUCCUUCCUCAAAAUGGAAUAGAUAUUAUAGCUGACAGCUUGGUGAGGAAACUGGUUGUCCAUUCUGCAGAAGUUGCCCAUUCUGGCUUGUUUUGCUGCAGAACAAAAGGUGACACCAUCACGUUCAGUGUGGACAUCAAAGCCUCACCGUUGAAGUUCUCAGCUGUUCCUGAAGACAUGAGGACCAAGGACAUUGAAGCUGGCUGCCCAGUAGUCCUCCAGUGUGUAGUGUCAGACCCUGGUGCCUGUGUUUACUGGUACAAGGAAGAAAUGCAACUCACGGCCGACUCUGGAUUAGAAAUGCUCUCAGAUGGCAAUGCAAGGACAUUAAUCAUUCAGUCUGCAGAGCUGCAUCACUCUGGUUUGUACAGAUGCACCACACAAGAUGAUGCCAUCGAAUUUCAAGUAGAGAUUAAAGCUCCUUUGGUGCAGCUCUCUCCAGAGGUGGUGGAGAUAAAAUCACUCAAAGCAAACUGGCUCACCUGUGCAACCACAGACCCUGCUCUGCAGGAGUGUUGUCAGAGAAAAACAGAGUUGUGUUAUAAAAGAAAGUCUGAUUAUGAAAUGGAAGUUAUCAAGGAGAAACUUGUUAUUGAACCAACUCAUCCAUCAAACACUGGGACAUACUACUGUGCAACAGCAGAGGAUGUUGCUCGGCUAAUAGUUAAAAAUCAAGUGCCACCUCCAACAUAUGUCCUUAACCCUGAAGAGAUGACCAAGUCUGUUGACAAGAGCUUCCCAAUAGUUCGGCAGUUUGAGAUUUCAGACCCCAUUGCCAAAGCCUGUUGGUACAAAGACGGAACACAGAUAUAUCCAAAAAGGAAAGGUGACAGCAUAUCCCAGAGCAACCACACCUCGCCGCCCCAGUCACAGUGCAUGUCUGGUGAUAGCAGGAAUGACUGUGACAGAUCUGAUGAAGCACAGAUAAAUGAGAACAUAAAAGCAGGAUACUGUCACUUCUGUGACGAAAUUGGUGAGUUAGCUGAUGCAUCAGCCCAAUACAGAGUGGAUAUCAAAGUUGCAUCGCCAAGGCUCUCCUCUGACCAAGAAAGGAACAGAUCCACAACAGAAGAGGCUUAUUGUGUUCAAGAUAUCCAGAUGUCCUCAAAAUGCAAUUCUGGAAUCUGUGCUGCAAAGGAUGGAGAUGCACUCGAUGACCUUACUGGACCUUUUUCAACUCCUUGUUCGGCAUAUGAUUUCAUGAAUGACUACACUUCUGCAGAACUGGAGAUUUAUGGAAGCCAACAAAAAAUAACCCCCCAGUCUUUACUUCAAUGUCCCUCAGUAAUGAAAUCAGCAACAGAGCAUGAGUCACGCCGUCUUGUUAACAUGCCCACAAAGCCACAAGGUGAGGAAUUUGUUUACUCUAAAGAGCUCAGAGACGUCCAAUCGGAGGAACUUCAUUAUUCACUGGAAACAGCUGGAAAGAGAGAUGAGUGUUGUAGCUGUAUGAGUAGUCCUAACAACUCAGAUGAGUCCACUCUCCAAAAACGAAGGCCUCAUUCAGAAGAAGCUCAAAGUACAUUAAAGAUGCAAUCAGCACAAUCACAACAAUGGGAACCCCAACAGACUUCUGCUAGCAUUUCAACGCAUUAUACUAACAUCUCGGAGCUAUCAGUGUUUCAACCAGAAAAGAUGUGUGGCUCCUCAAACUUUGAAACGUCUUUGUCAAUGGAGAAGUUUGACUCUUUAUUGGGAAUUUCCGUUCUGUCAGAGGGGCAAUCUGGAUCUAAGCACAUGUCAGAAGAUUCUCUAGAUCAUUCCCAAACUGAACGUCUAGUUCCAAUGAGCCCGUACGAAAUGCUGGAAUUUGUAAGUGACCAAACAGAAAACAUAGACAGACACUUGCAGAAAUCUACCGCCUUCUCUGAAAAACUCUUUGACCAUUCAAAUGUUGCAACUCUUCAACAAAAGGACAAAUCAAAAACUGAAGAAGUAGAUACUUUCCACGUAGAACAUUACAAUGUGGUUCCAUCUAUCAAAGUGGAUGGCCUCCAUCAUACAAGACAGACACCUUCUAAUCGGUCGCAGUUGCUGUGUAAGUCACGUCAGGAGGCAACAGUUCAUUCAGAGUGUCAUCACCUUAUGAAGACUGCAAAAGAUCAAGAGGAGAGGAUGGUUAACUGUGCUGAAAGAUCAUCCAAACACUUGACAGACCUUUUCCACACCAAGGACGUGUCUACUCUCCAGUCAGAGGAGAUUUAUCUGUCAAGGAUGUGUGACAGUCACUGGGGUGACACUGUCACUACAAAUAAGGUGGCUGUUAAAGCAUCCCCAUCUCCUGUGGGAAUUACCGUACUUUGUGAGGCUAAGAGGACCAAGUCUGUUGAAGUUGGUCAGCCCAUAGUGCUACAGUGUGAACUAUCAGAUCCUGACACUCAAGCAAGUUGGUUUAAGGAUGGAAUAAGACUCCAUGAUGAAGCUUGGCUUAAACUGCUGGAAGAUGGUUCCAUGAGAACAUUGGCUAUUCAAGCAGCAAUGAUCUCUCAUGCUGGGGUUUACAGCUGCAAGACAACAAACGAUGCGGUCCAGUUUCAUGUGGAUGUCAAAGCUCCUCCUCCGACAUUUGGAGCUAUACCUGAGGCUGAACAAAAAAUAACAGUGACAGCUGGUUCUCCUAUAGCCCUACAAUGUGAGCUGUCAGACCCCUCUGGACAAGUCUGUUGGUACAAGGAUGGAACAAAACUCUUUUCUGAAAGUGGAGUUGACAUCCAGUCACUUGGGAAUUUAAGAAGCCUAGUGGUCCCUUCUGCAGAGCAAGCUCACACAGGUGUUUACCGUUGUGAGUCGAAGGAUGACGACGUCCACUUCACUGUGGAAGUAAAAGCGCCCUCUGUGAAGUUCUUGGAAGUGCAAGAAAAUGCAAGAAAGACAUCUGUCCAAGAAGGCCAUCCUCUUGUUUUGAGCUGUGAACUUUCUUAUGAUCCCUCAACUACUGUCAGCUGGUCAAAAGAUGGGGUUAAAGUCCUACCUGAGAAAAACAUGGAAAUGCAGUCGGAUGGUCUGACAAGGACCUUUUUCAUCCCCUCUGCUCAAAAGAUACAUUCUGGUGUAUAUGAAUGUUCAACGUCAGAUGACACUAUCACUUUUCAUGUGAGCAUAAAAGGCCAAAUCCCACAGAUAAUGCCAAUUCUACCAUCAGAAAAGCACAAGGUGGUUGGAUUCGGUUGUCCGAUUAUCUUGCAGUGUGAGGUCUCAGACCCUGCCGCACAGGUUUCCUGGUGCAAAGAUGGCACUGAGCUUUUUAGCAAAACAGGCUUUGACAUGAAAAGGCAUGGCAGGCUGAGGAAGUUAAUGAUACACUCAGCUAAAGCCUGUGACUCUGGUAUCUACAACUGUAGGCUCCUUGAUGACACUGUGACAUAUCAUGUGGAUGUCGAAGCUGCUCCAGUGACGUUUUCAGCACUGCCAGAUAUUACAAGAAACACAUUUGUUGAAGCAGGCUGCCAAGUUAAAAUGCAGUGUAAGGUGUCAGAACCACCUGCCCAAGUCUACUGGCAUAAAGAUGGAGACCCACUGCCUCCAACAAGUGAUUAUGGAGUCCAAACAAAAGAAAAAGUAAGAGCCCUGGUUAUUGAACCGGCAGAAGGCAAACUGUCUGGGCUUUACAGCUGUGAGGCUACAAAUGACCAUUUAGAAAUCAAGAUGGAUAUUGCAGCGCCACCGGUAACAUUUGCAGAUAUCCAAGAGAAAGACCUUUUUCAGAGCGUGGUGGAACAAGAGCAGCUUACUUUGUCCUGCGAAGUUUCAAGGGCUGACGGUGUUGUCCAUUGGUACAAGGAUGGAGCUGAAAUACAAACAAGCAAUAAUGUAACACUUCAAGCAGAGAGCAUCAAGAGAAGUUUGACAAUUAAUUCAGCUCGUAUUUCAGAUACAGGCACCUACACAUGCCGAGCUGGAGACAGCAUUUUAAGCUUUAAAGUAAAUGUACGAGAACCUCCUGUGAUGAUCGUUUAUCCCAAGGAAGAUGUGCAUCUUGACCGUCAUGUUCCUGAGGAAAUUAUCUUGAGUUGCGAACUUUCUCGUGUCAAUGGAGUUGCCAGUUGGUUUAAAGAUGGUCAAAAACUCCAAGAGAGCGAGAACAUCAAGCUCAAGGUUGAGGGCCCUUAUCGACGACUGAAGAUUCUGUCUAGUCGAGUGGAAGAUUCAGGAGAAUAUGUCUGUGAUGCCAACGAUGACUCAAUCUUCUUUCACCUGAGUAUUACAGAGCCUCCAGUGCAAAUAUUAUCUCCAAGUCAGUCACAAAUGGAGCUGUGCCAGCAGACAUCUGAGAGGAUGGUACUUAGCUGUGAGAUCUCACGACCCAAUGCAGUGGUGCGUUGGUAUCGAGAUGGACUUGAGGUGGAGGAGAAUGAGAACCUUCUUUUAGAAGUGGACGGGGUCUAUAGAAGACUUAUUAUACCUGAGACUACUGUCAAAGAUUCAGCAGAAUAUGUAUGCGACACAGGAGACGAUUCCAUGACAUAUUUUGUAAAUAUAGCAGAACCUCCUGUUCGCUUCAUUCGUCCCCGCAAGACAGCCAGUAAGGUAGAGAAAAUGAGAGGAGAAACUCUGAUUCUUGACUGUGAGGUUUCAAGAUCAAAUGCCAAAGUCACCUGGAAAAAGAAUGGAGAGGAAGUUGAAGACUCUAGAAAUAUAACCAUAUUUGACGACGGUGUAUUACGUCAACUGACCAUUCACUCGUUAACAAUGGAGGAUGCCGGCCAGUAUAUUUGUGAUGCUAAAGACGAUGUAAUGGAUUUCAAUGUAAAAGUGCAAGAAUUGCCUGUAAAAAUUGUUGGCAAAACAGAUGCAAAAACCGAGAAGCAAUUUUUAGUGUCAGACGAUAUUAUUCUAGUGUGCGAACUCUCGCGAGCCAAUGCCACAGCCCACUGGUACAAAGAUAAACAACUGAUUGACGAAACUGAGAGAUACUGCUGUGAGGAGCAAGGAGUAUUCCGAUCCCUGGUUGUUCUAAAUGCUGGAGUUGAAGAUUCAGGGGAGUACACCUGUGACGUAGUGGAUGAUAAUAUGACCUUUUAUAUUACUGUUAAAGAGCCUCCUGUGCAGAUUAUUGGAAACUCUGGCAUCCCAGAGCAUCAUAUUCUGGUGACAGGAGAUGACCUGGUUUUGGAGUGUGAAGUAUCCCGACCAAAUGCAAUUGUGAAUUGGUUGCAAAAUGGAAAAGUGCUCACAGCAAGCGAUCGGGUGAAAAUUGACAGCCAUAAAGUCCUCAGGAAGCUGGUUGUGUUUAAACUUCAACCUUCAGACUCUGGAGAAUACAUCUGCAAUGCAACUGAUGACAAGUUAACAACGGUUGUGGAGGUUCAAGAUCCACCAGCCAAGUUUUUAAAUAAAACAUCAAAAAAUAACAUUACUGCUCAUGAAAAUGAGAGCGCUACCAUGUGUGCUUUUGUAAGCAAAGAACAAGCAAAGGUUCGUUGGCUUAAAGACGGCCAGCUACUGAAUGAGAACAACAUUCAUAUCUCCAGUGAGGGUAACACUCAUAAGCUCACCAUUAAUCCCCUUCGGCUCUCCGACUCUGGAGACUAUGUUUGUGACAUAAACACAGAUGAAAUGUCUUUCAGUCUUACGGUCAAAGGAGAAAUGAAAGUGAAAUUUAUAAAACAGCUGGAAGAUGUGGUGUUUCUGAAGGCUGGGAGCCUGACCUUACAAUGUGAGGUCAACAAGCCAAAAGCAGAUGUCCAGUGGCUCAAAGAUGGCAAGGAAAUCUCUCCCAGCCGUAAGUACACAAUCCGGGCACAAGGCAGAGAAAGGAGUUUGAGCAUCCAGCAGCUGUUGGAAGAAGAUGCUGGAGAAUACUCUUGUGAGUCCACUGACGACAAGACGUCAGCCACAGUGACAGUAAAAACCCCACGAGUAGUAGAAUUCAUAGCAGAACUUCGAGAUGUAACCAUUCGUGAAGGAGAGGAUGCUGUUUUUAAGUGUGUGGUUUCCCCAGCGGACACUAAGCUGGUGUGGAACCUUACUGGAAAACAAGUUGCCCUGAAUGAGCGCACUGUUAUUUCCCGCAAUGGACUGUGCCACAUGCUGUGUAUCAGCAACUGCAUAGUUUCAGACAGUUGCAGAGUGACAGCUGAUGCAGAGGGAUUGGUAUCAGAGGCAGAACUUCAAGUUCAAGAGCAACAGGUGCUGUUCAGCAAGAAAAUGACCCCCGUUGUAGCUGAAGAAUAUAGUGAGGCAACUCUAGAGGUUGAGUUGAAUCUGGAUUCAGGAGAGGUGCAGUGGGUGAGACAAGGUGUCCUGAUCCACCCUUGCGCCAAAUAUAGCCUGAAAAACAAGGGCCAAAAACGAAGCCUCACUAUCCACAAACUGGCCGUGUCUGACCGGGGCACCUACAGCUGUGAAAGCCUCCACGACCGCACACAAGCCCAGCUCACAGUGCAGCCUCGGAAAAUUGCCAUCAAGAAGGGGCUGGUCGACAUAAAAACCACUGAAAGGGAAACGGCUUCUUUUGAGGUGGAGCUGUCCCACCCCAACGUCCCGGGUACCUGGGUCAGAAAUGGAAUUCAGCUUAAGCCGACAAAUCACUUCCGCAUGAGUGCUAAAGGGCAAGUCCACAGCCUGACCAUCUAUAACCUGUCUGUGGAGGACACCGGCACCUUUGUGUUCUGUGUGGAAAAUCUGAAGACAUCUGCACGACUUGUGGUGAAGGAGCCUCCGGUGACCAUUUUCAGGAAACUACAGAGCCAGAAAUUUCCCGAUGGGUCAGUGGUCUCCAUUGAGUGUGAACUCUCAAGGCACAACAUCGAUGUGAAAUGGAUAAAAGAUGGAGUAGAAGUGAAGCCAAAUAAAGAUUUACGCAUUUAUGCGAUGGGACGGAAGAGGUUUCUCCAGAUCAUGAGAUGUCAUGUAACCGACUCUGGCUUGUACACCUGUGAUGCUGGAGAUGCCAGCACAUCCUGCACAGUGGAAGUGUAUGAGCGUGAGCUGGUGGUCCUCCAGGGUCUUGAAGAUCUGGAUAUCCAGGAGGAUCAGAAUGCUGUGUUUGUUUGUGAGGUCUCUGUGGAGGAUGUGCCAGGAGAGUGGUUCAAAAAUGGGGAGCAGAUAAAUCCAACAAGCACCAUAAAGAUCCGCCAAGAAGGAACAAAGCAUUUUCUUCUCAUGUGUAAUGUGCGAGCAGAGGACUCUGGAGAAAUCAUGUUUGUUGCUAGAAAUGCAGAAUCUGUUGCUCAUCUAAAAGUGAAAGAGCUGCCUGUGAGCAUUGUAAAACCUCUCCAGGAUAAAACUGUUCUGGAGAAGAGCCGAGUGGUCCUGGACUGUGCAGUCUCUAACCCAAGGUGUAGCAUUCGCUGGUACAAAGGCAGCAACGUCAUCCUGCCCUCAGAGCACUUUGAGAUCAGCAGUGAAGGCUGUUACCGUAAACUGAUCAUCCAGCAAGUGGUGCUGGAUGAUGAGGGCCAGUACAGUGUGCAGGUUGGGGAAUAUACAUGCUCUGCCACACUAACUGUAGAAGCCCAGUCUUUAAUGUUGGUCAGAGAGCUGGGAGAUGUGGAGGUGGUGGCUCCUGGUGAAGCUUGCUUCGAAUGUGAGGUCUCAGUCCCGGUCCUGAAAUCCCCAAUUUGGAGUCUGAAUGGGGAGGCCCUGCAACCGAGUUCUCACGUGCGCAUGGAGAAGAUGGGCACAGUCCACAGGCUGACCCUGCGGCUAACCUCGCCAGACAUGAGCGGCAGGGUGGAGUUUACAUCUGGGAAAGCAAAAAGCAGAGCCCAACUUCAAGUCAUGAGUGGUCCCUGAAAGAAGCCCUUUUAGGUCUGUCACCCAUUUGGCACAGAUGUGUGAUUGUACUGAUGAUUUCCUAACAUUGUAAUUGUUCAUAUCCACCAUUUUUAAAACUGGAUUAAACAGGGUUGUGAUGAAGUGUC